AAAUAACAAAUAUUGUAAUGAACAAUUUCGUAAAAAUAUCGUGUAGAGUUUAUUAUUAUUGUUAUUAACUAACAAUAUGGUGGUUUGUCGUAUUUCGUUUGAUGCUUCCAAAUAACGGCCUUGAGGCCACAUCGUACCUGGUCAUGGUGUACAUUCGUAAUCGGUUCACUUUCUCCUUUUCUCUUUCAUAACUGCGUGCUCGUCGUGAGCGCGCCGCGUCCAAUGCCACACCAUUCGUCAUGAACAGCACACCAGCARCAUUUCGGCUGCUAUGGCCUAGGAUAUCGAAAAAUUCGGCGUCAGCGGUCGUCUGUUACCGGCGACCGUAUGCCUCUUCGGUCACMGCAGUACACAACAGCAACCAACAAAAGCCCGACUGGAACCGUGCUGUGUCCGAAGCCGAGAAAAUUGUUGGCUACCCAACGUCAUUUCUUAGCCUCAGAUGGUUGCUGAGCGACGAGAUCGCAAAUGUUGCGUUACACCUGCGCAAGUUGGUCGGCUCCAAUCAUCCGCUGCUCAAAACUGCCAAAGGCCUGUUGUACAAUGGCAGGAAUAACAUGCAGGCUUGGGGUUUGAUAGUGUUGCUAAUUUCCAAAGCAGCUGGUCAUUUAAAUGUGGAUGAAAUGGAAGAAGACAAAGCUGCUGGCGUUUUACAUAGUCAAAGGGCAUUGGCCGAGGUUACUGAAAUGAUUCGUACCAGUCAUUUAGUACACAAUGGUCUAGUUAACAUUUACCCUGGAUUAUAUCCUGAACCUGUUAUACUCAACGACAUGGCUUUUGGAAAUAAAAUUGCUUUACUCAGUGGUGACUAUUUACUWAGUAACUCAUGUGCAGAACUUGCCUCUCUCAGAAAUCAAGAUCUUGUUCAGUUAAUCAGUAGUGCUUUGCGUGAUCUUUCUGAAGCCGAAUUCGUUGGUAGAAGGGAUUCUCAAAAUAAUCCUCUUCCUUCGCCAUUUGAACCACUUAAUCGA